AUGCCGGCCGGCAAUACUAAACCUGGGAAUACAGGUUCAUACGAAGGUCAUGGUCGAGGUGGCUCCCGUGGUAGAGGAUACCAGGGCCAGGCACCCGGUCGUGGAGGCCGGUAUCAGGGGUACGACCAGGGGUACGACCAGGAACGUGGCAAUGGAGGCUACAGUGGCUACCAAGCCCCUCCAGCACCUCCUCCACCUCCUCCACCACCUCCACCACCUCCACCAUCUCCGUACGCAUACGGACACGCAUACGGGCACGCAUACGGUUAUCCGGCACACCCGUAUUACUACGGUGCACCACCGCCACCGCCAGCGCCUGCUCCAGCAGCUCCAGCAGCUCCAGCAGCUCCAGCAGCUCCAGCAGCUCCAGCGCCGCCGACGACCGCCAGCAUAGCGGAGAUCAUCAGUGCCGUCAGGGCCUAUGAUUCUGCGAACGCGGGUUCCGCGAGCGACCGACGGAGGAAGCGUGACGACGAUGACGAUGACGACGGAUACGUCGAGAACAAGCGGUACAAGGCAGACCCGACUCGUCAUGUCGGUUACGAAGUUCGAGGGCGUGCAUCGACUCGCCGUUCGGCGCCUCCUCGCGGUUCGGCGCCUUCUCGCCGUUCAGCGCCUCCUCGCGGUUCGGGGCCUCCUCGCGGUCCGACGCCUUCUCGCCGUUCAGCGCCUCCUCGCGGUUCGGCGCCUCCUCGCGGUCUUGAUCCAGUCCGCAGUCAUUACAGCCGCAUUAUCCGCGCUCGUGCCAAUGCCCGCGGUCGUGGCCGCGGUGGUAGCAAUGCCCGCGGUCGUGGCCACGGUAAUGCCGGCGACAAUGGCCCUCCGGUGCAGCCAUUCGACAUUCCUGUCAAUCCAGGAAGAGGGGACACACAAGACGAAGGUCACCACGGUGGAGCCCACACCGAUCCUGCUUCCAAUGCCUCAAACCUGAGAGCCGACGGUCAGCGUGUGAUGGGCAUGCAGGAACGUCCAGGCAGGGGCGAUGGCAUAUACGGAGGCAGACAUGCUCCCGCGCCGCCUGAGCAACAGUCUGCGAACGAGCGACAGUCUGAUGAUGUGGAGAUGCCGGAUGCCGGUGUCGCUGUUUCGGACGAUUUCGGUUCCGGCGAAGAUGGCCAAGAUCGUGUCGAUGAAGACGACGAGGUGCUGUAG